GUAAGUAUGUAUGUAAUUUGAAAAGUGUAUUCACUGGACCAUUAGGAGUACUGUAGUUGAUGCUUCUUUUUAACUAUCAUUUGACCAUAUUACUUCUAAAAAUUAGGCAAAUUUUAGGAAAGUUAGUCUUAUGGUAUUUAUAUAUAAAUACAUACAUAAGUUAUGGAUUUAAAUGAUGCCGUCGUUACUUGUGCAUGCACUUUGGAGUGGAGAAAUGACGCAGGUGUGACUGGAAGAAAGGUGUCGUAUAGAAUUGCCACGUUACGCUUAAUAAGAAACUCAGUGAGGGAGGUUUAUAUUGAAAUAAACAAUGAGAAAAAUCAAAUAAUAAAAUUGAAAUUAAAAGAUGUUUUGGUUCAUAAAAAAUUUAUGACUGAAGGAAAAGCUAGUAUCACUUUCAAAGCAGAAAAAUGUGUGUUAUUAAUAUCAAAUGCUCCACCGGCAUCUUUAGUAGAUUUUUUAAAAAUAAUGUUCUUCAAGCUAUCUGGGAAUGAAAAUCUUGAUGAAGCGACCAUCCAGAAAAAUCUACGAACUCAAUUAUUAUCAGGUAAACCUACAAAAUUUGAAGAAAUUAGUCCUGUAACAAGUGCAGAAAUGAUAAUGGCUAAAAAGAAGGCUGGAUUAUUACCAAAAUCAAGUUUAACUACUCCUUCCCCACCAUUGACAAAAAAGCGAAAAUUCGAGGAGUUAAAAUCAAGUAAAGACAUUGCUUCUAAAGGUCCCAUAGCUAAAAAACUUUAUCAGACCUCACCUUUGGCUGAGGAAAAUUUGGCCUUAGUUGACGAACAAAAACAAGUUUUACAAAUGUGUAUAAGUGGAAAAAGUGUAUUUUUCACAGGAUCUGCAGGUACGGGUAAAAGUUUUCUUUUGCGGAAAAUUAUAUCUUCCUUACCACCUGAUUCAACUAUUGCCACAGCUUCUACUGGUGUUGCAGCUUGCUUAGUCGGUGGGGUGACUCUUCAUUCGUUUGCUGGAAUUGGAAGUGGAGAAGCUAGUUUGCAAAGAUGUUAUGAGAUGGCUUCCAAACCAGUUUCCGCUCAGAAUUGGAGAAAAUGUAAAACGCUGAUAAUAGAUGAAAUUUCAAUGGUUGAUUGCCAAUAUUUUGAUAAAAUUGAAGCUGUAGCACGUUACAUUCGGCGUAAUGACAAGCCCUUUGGAGGUAUACAACUUAUUCUUUGUGGAGAUUUUCUUCAAUUACCUCCGGUUAUUAAACGAGACUUUGUAAAUGGAGUAGCGGUUAAUCAAAAUAAUAAACGAUUUUGCUUUCAAUCGGAAUCGUGGGCAAAAUGUGUGCAGGUUGUUUUUGAACUUAAACAAGUGCAUAGACAAACUGAUUCAGAGUUCAUUAAAAUUCUUAACCACAUUCGAAUCGGUCAUGUUACUGAAGAAGUUACAAAAUGUUUGCUAAAUACUUCAAAACAAAAGAUUGAGGGAAAUGGAAUUUUGGCAACGCAAUUAUGUUCUCACACAAGUGAUUCCGAUUCAAUUAAUCAAUCGAAGCUAAAUUUAUUAACAGGUGCUGAAAUGAAUUUCAAAGCUGAAGAUAGCGAUCCAUCGAUGUUGAAAAUGUUAGAUUCACAAAUCCAAGUGCCAUCAUCUUUAGUAUUGAAAAUUGGAGCACAAGUAAUGCUUUUAAAAAACAUUAAUUUAUCCGCAGGUUUGGUAAACGGAGCUCGCGGUGUUGUAUGCAAAUUUGAAAAAAGCUUACCGGUGGUUCGUUUCAAAAAUAAUAAUGAGUAUUUGUGUAAACCUGAAAAAUGGGUAGUAAAAACUCCUUCGGGUGUUACAGUUACAAGAAAACAAAUCCCUCUUAAACUUGCUUGGGCUUUUUCCAUACAUAAAAGUCAAGGAUUAACAUUGGAUUGUGUCGAGAUGUCACUGUCAAAAGUAUUUGAGGCUGGACAAGCGUAUGUUGCGCUGAGUAGAGCAAAAAGUUUGGACAGCAUAAGAAUUUUAGAUUUUGAUUCCAAACAAGUUUGGGCAAACCCUGAAGUAUUACAAUUCUACAAACAGUUUAGGCGUCGUUUACAUGAUCUGACAAUAAUUCCUUUGGGAAACAAAUCAUCGAAUGGAAACAAAGAAAAGAUGAAAACUGCCUUAACCAAACUUAAAAAGAGUUUGAUGGAUAAACCAUUAGUAUCAAUUUGCUGAUCAAUAUUUAAUAUGUUCAAAUUUUCUUAAAUUGAUUUAAUAUUUUACUUAGUUCAACAUAUUGACUCAUACCGUAUAACAUUCUAAGUGCAAAAAUU